AUGGCUGCCAUCUCCUCAGUUGACAAGGCCCCAGCGGGAAAGAGUCGCCGGCCAAACCCCAGGGAAUACUUACACGCUCUGCAUCUUGUCAUCAUGUUUUGCGUUCUGUGGGCGUUGUGUUGCCAUCUCUUGCCUUCAUGGGCUAGAUCUAUCCCAUCCUACAGCGAGACGACGACCGGCUGGCGGCCGCCGCUGGCAUUCACAGAGAAUGGCACAUUUCAAAUUGCCAUCUUCGAAGAUUUGCACUUUGGGGAGAAUGCAUGGGAAGCAUGGGGACCACGAAAUGACAAAAAGUCCGUCAAGGUCAUGAACAGAGUGCUCGAUGUCGAAAGCCCACAGCUUGUUGUCCUCAACGGAGACCUCAUCACCGGCGAAAACACAUUUCUGGAAAACAGCACCAGCUAUGUCUCUCAGAUUGUCGGGCCAAUGUUGCAGCGCAAUCUUCCCUGGGCAUCUACCUAUGGCAACCACGACAGCGCUUUCAAUCUCUCCCGUGAAGACAUACUUGGCCAUGAGCGGCUGCAUUUGAACAGCCUUACCAACCAGAUGGUGUUUGGCCGCAACUCAGGCGUGAGCAACUAUUUCCUACCUGUAUAUCCUCGCAAAGACGCGACGGUUCCGUGCUUGAUCUUGUGGUUCUUCGACUCGCGAGGCGGGUUUCUGUACCAACAGCUGAAUGCCACUGGUGAUAAGAUCGGGCAGGCAGACUGGGUCGACCAAUCGGUAGUGGAUUGGUUCAGAGCCACCAGUGAAAGUCUCACGCAGCUGCAUCAGAAGAUCAUACCAUCACUCGCAUUCGUGCAUAUCCCGGUGAAUGCUAGUCGGAYCUUCCAGAACGAAGUUGGCGUGGAUCCACAUCGACAGCCCGGUAUCGAUGAUGAUAAGCCUCUUGCCCCACAAGCUGCGGGCUGGUGUGUCGAUGGGUCGAAUGGGGAGGACUGCGAAUACGGCGAGCAAGACGUUCCCUUCAUGAAGGCUGUCACAUCCACUCCUGGACUCAUGGCGUUGUUCUCAGGCCAUGACCAUGGAGACACGUGGUGCUAUCGCUGGGAAAAGAAGCUUCCCGGGAUGGCUUUCGAGGGAAAUGGACUCAACUUGUGUUUCGGGCAGCACUCCGGUCAUGGAGGCUACGGAAACUGGACGAGAGGCGCCAGACAGAUCUUGGUCACAGAAGCCAUGUUGCAGGACCAUGCCGUGGACACAUGGAUUCGAUUAGAGACUGGGUAUAGGGUGGGCUCGGUCCAGCUGAACAAGACGUACAAUGAGGAUUUCUACCCAGCCACGCCGAAUACGCACACCAGCUGA